AUUCACAGCUGAAGAAAAACGAAACUGAUCACGUUACUCGCUCAUAAUGUUUUGACGUGUUUUUAAUCCGUUUUAUCUGUAUGUGUAAUACAAGCUAAGUGACAUUUAAGAAAAAUCACAAUUCAUUACGGACGGAUGGGAUGAAGGUACGAAUUUUACAUUUUGACGUUCGUGUGAGCUCAUUAACUUGCGUUAACGUUACCUGAAAUACAACCUGGAAAUAGAGCACUAUUACAGUAAGUAUCAUACCAAUAAACCUAUCUUCUAGCUAUUCUCUUGAGUAAGAAGUGCUGUGACAGAUAACAGACAAGUUAUCGAAUUAAAACCCACUACACUUAUGCCAAAGUAUUCCUCUACACAGGUUUGCUAUAAGUAACUUGUUCAGCUUCAGUGCAUUUACCCAGCAAUCACGGGUAAAUCAUAUUAUUGACCACAGAACUGACAAAUAAUCAUCAUGAUUAAUGGCUGUUUAGAGGAAGAGGAGGGGCAGAUGAUUCAUCACAAGGGUUAAAAGAGCAAGUCAUGAGAUGUUUGUCCCCUAGAUACUCAAAUCAACAAUUAGUGAUGUUUUGGAGAGUAGACAGUACCAGGUCUGAGGAAUCUGUUGAUUUCUCCCUUUAUGGAUUUGUGAAAAUAUUUCCUUUCCUCAAGUUAUGGAAAAACAAAGACAGAAAAGACAAAAUCAUAUGUCCACUGUGCCAUGUUACCUCUGGUAGGAUGAUCAAAAGUCAAGAGCAGGAUGAAUUAAUUGCUGUGAGAGUUCAGGAUCCUCGCGUUCAAAAUGAAGGGUCGUGGAUCUCAUAUGUGGACUUCAAAAUUUUCCUUCAUACAAACAGCAAAGCAUUCACUGCCAAAACAUCCUGUGUGAGGCGGCGAUACAGUGAGUUUGUGUGGUUGAAGAAAAAACUGCAAAAGAAUGCUGGUCUGGUGCCUGUUCCUGAUCUGCCCAAAAAGUCUUUCUUCUCAUUUAUUAAUGAUGAAUUCAUUGAAAGGAGGAGAAAAGGUCUUCAGAGCUUCUUGGACAAAGUGCUGCACAUGACGGUAUGCCUGUCAGAUAGCCAGCUCCAUCUUUUCCUGCAGACUCAGCUUCCUGUCAAGCACAUUGAGGACUGUGUGCAGGGUCACACCCCUUACACUGUGACAGAAGCCAUUCUGACUUACGCUUCCUCUAACCGUGGCUGGGUGCAGGAGGAAGGGGGCGGGGCCCAAGAAUUAUGGCCUACCCCUGUUCCAUAUGAAUCCGCAGAGAGCCCUGCUCCUCACCUCCCUUCAUUACAAAAUCCAGGAGCCACAUCUAGCGGACCUUUAAAUGAACUUACAGAUGUUUCAGACUCCGAGUCGAGACCGAGUGAUGCAGAACAGACUGCACUUGACCUGAAGCAGGGAAUUGGCCAUGAGCAGCUGCCUCAAGAGGGAGAGAGUUACAUUACAUUAGUAGUUGAAGUCCACCCGAACCUUGUUGUUUCUGUUGAAACCGAGGAAGAGGAUGGACACAUUGGAUCAAAAGAAACGCAAAGGCUUGAUAAGGAUGCCAAAGAUCUACAAAAUUAUGAUUGUGACUAUCUUGCUCCACAGAUAGAUGGACUGAUUGAAGACCAGAUUCAGCAAGGAGAUGCAUGCAAUGAAGAAGAUCUUGAACAAGAAACGACUGUUGUUGAAGAUGCAGUAGAUGUUACCUCAGUAGACGGAGUCAUCGAGAAAAAGAUUCCUGAUGAUUUCAGUGAAGUGAAGAAGGGAAGUCAAGAUAUUGGACUUGAACAGGACAGCGAUGUGAGACGAGCCCCUCAUGAAGAAGAUCCAGGAGUAAGGAUCCAUAAUAAUGAAGUUACUAUGGAUCUCAGUGCUGUCGAGGAAGACAAUGCUGAGAAGGUACUUGAAACCGCAGCUACAACUGUAGAAGAUGUUGCACUCCAUGAUGCUUUUGAGGAGAACACGCCAGAUAUUGAAGGUCAAGAUAAAGCUGGUAUAACAGAGGAACAUGCAACCCAGGAGAAUGGAGUCAGUGAUGAAGACUGCAGCGAAGAUGCUGCUGUUCAGGAAGAGAAUGAGGUGCAUGUCGGGGAAGUGAACAAGCUCAAUGCAAAAUGUUUUCAGCCUAGCAGUGCCAUUUUGAUACUUGAGGGAAUUGAGGAAGCAGUGAGCACGCAAAUGGCCCCCGUGACAGAGACUGUCAGUAACCUUGAUGCAAAUACUGCUGAUGUCAACACGCUUGUUUUACACGCCAUAGAGAUUGAUUCAAUGCAAUGUCACGAGACGGACAGUCAUAUAAUCAUCACUACCCACCAACCAGAUACUAACUAAUUCCCAUGGAGAAUUAGUACAGUCAUAGAUUGGACACAGUGUUCAAAGAGUCCUCCCUUUGGCUCUUUCCCAGUUAUCAUCCAAGACGUUUUUCUACUGUGAUCUCAAAAUGAGUGAGUGCAUGUAACUAUAAAGGGAGGAACACGUCUUUUUUUUUUUUUUUGCAUUGAUCCACUGUGGAUGUGUUCAGACUGUUUACAGAAGAUACACUGAAUUUUUCCCCACAAACAAUGUGAACAAACAGAGAUAAUGCACUGACUAAUGUGCCAUUCAGGAUUGUGAGCAAAUUCCACAUGCAACGAAUAGUUAUGAAUCCAUGGUAGUGGGCGAGAAAAAGCAGUGCACAUCGCUAUGGCACCUUGAUUCUAAAAUUCACCAUUCUUAAUAAAAAUAUUUCUAUGUUUGUAUGAUUUUAGCAACAGCAAUUACCCCGUGACAUGUUGCUGAUCUAUUUGAGCAUUUUCAAAACCCGAUUUUAACUGACAUGUCACUUUCUAAGGCACUUCCCUUUUUUUUCAUCCAACUGUAAAAGCAUGUUGCUCACAGAUGUUUGCUCUACUGGAACUUUGGAUAAUGUAAGGGAUAGUUCACCCCAAAUUGAAAAUUGUCUAUAUUUAUUCCCCCCUUAAUGUUCUUCCAAACCUGAAUGACUUUUGGAAAAAUUUUCCAAUAUUUGGAAAAAUGUCUGUUUUUCUGUCCAAUGUUGUUGUGGACCCAGUUGAAUUUCAUUGUACAGUUGAAACAUUCUUCAAAGUAUCAUCUUUUGUUUUUAAAUUAUUUUCAUGAGG